AUGCAGUUGAUUCAGAACACUCCAUGUGGAAUGCUCCUUCUCACACUGACAGAGGAGGAUUUCACAAAAGAGCCUUACAGUAUAGUGAACAAUAAUCAUAGAAAAACUAUUAUGGCAGAAUUGGAAUGUGUCAAAACUUUAGGUGUUAAACCACCACAGAACCUUUGGGAAUAUAAGGCAGUAAAUCCAGGAAAAUCACUCUUUAUUCUGUAUGCACUGAAGAGUUCUCCGAGACUCAGUAUGUUAUACUUGUAUCUGUUUGAUUAUGCAGAAGCUUUCCUACCUUUCAUCCACACAAUUUGUCCUAUGCAAGAAAACCAGUAUGAAGAUAUUGUCACAAAAUUAUUAGACCUCAAAGAUCCUUCUUGGAAACAGUGGAGAGAAUUCAUUGUGAAGUGUUUAUUUGUGCCAUACCAGCUGAUAGCUGAGUUUGCUUGGGAUUGGCUGGAUGUGCACUAUUGGACAUCAAGAUUUAUAAUUGUAAAUGCAAUGCUGCUCUCUGUUCUCGAGCUACUCACCUUUUGGAGGCUCUGGUCAAGAAGAGAAUUGAAGACUAUUCCUCACAGAAUGUGGAGACAUUUCUGGAAAGUCUCAACCCAGGGUCUUUUUGUUGCUAUUUUUUGGCCUUUUAUACCUCAGUUUGUCUGCAAUUGUUUGUUUUACUGGGCCUUGUACUUUAAUCCAAUUAUAAACAUUGAUCUUGUGGUUAAAGAAGUAGGGCGCUUGGAGACACAAGUGCAGUGAUUGGCAUUAGAAAUGUUGAGCUAUUUAGUUUCUAAAAGUGGUCAUUUGAAAGAAACUUUGCUUUUUCUCCUUUAUGUAUAUGGCAGUGAAAAUGUUGGAUUACAUUAAAGAUACAAAAAAGCCUUAAGGUAAGUUACUCUUAAACAGUUGAUUCCAACUCUGAGGAUGGGCUUUAUUAUCCAAAAUUAUUUUUCUAGUAAAAAAAGUAUAUCUGUAUUCCUGAUUUUGCCAUUUAAAACUUAGUCAUGUCAUCAUAUUUUUGAUCAAAUCAAACGUCUCUAUUCUGUCUUAAAAUCGGUGUCUUCUGAACAGCUACAGUAGUGUUUAACUUAGUAUUUCAUACCAGGGAAAUGUGUUGCUCAGAACUUAAACUUGCCAAAGGAGAGCUCCUCCUAGACAGGCUUGAUAUUGAAAGUACUUCAGUGUUUUCAGCCUGCGUUACAUGUGAAGUUGUGACUGUCAAAUGCACAGUGAAGUUUGUUCUAGAAUUCCCCCUCUUGAAGGCAAAGACUGCGUUUUCUUGCACUUUGGAAGAUAUUGGUGAUUUGCAAUUCAAUUUGCUUUGUUUUGUUCAGAUCAGUUAGAUUUCAUCGAUAGUUUCUUUAAUGCUCUCCUCUUAAAGUCUGUUGCUAAUCCUUAAAUUCAGGGUUAUCUCUUAAAGGGAUUAUUUUGGAUAAGUGACCUGACACUGUAAUUAUGUCUUACUGCAAUAUAAGGUGUGUAUCUAGAUCUGUGAGUGAAUGUUGACUGGAAAGUUAUUUUGUAUAAACUGGAUUGCCAUUUUUUAAUGUAUUGUUUUUUUGACUGAAGGAGAAGCUCUUAAAUAUUCAAGAGCUGUGUUGCCUUGCAUUAUGUUGUUGAUUUUUUCAUUUGUAUCAUUAAUGUUAAACUUUAAAUCUGCCUAUGAAUAUUUUUAAAGAUUAAAGAUACCUUUUUUAAUCCUAA